AUGAAUUUGGAAUCGGCUAUUUUGAAUUCACUUUCUGGAAUAGGAUUACCUUCAACUAGUGAUGACAGCGAUGGUGUGACUCUUAGUGGAAUAACCCUCGCUGUGGAAGCUCUUAGUCAGCUCAGUGAUGCUCAAAUGAAAGGGGACAAUCUUUGUCGCGCUGAUAAAAAGGAGAAGAAGAUUGUUAAAGAAAGGAGCAGCUUCACGCGGUUACCGAAGUGUUGGGAAACACCUUCAACGUCGGCAGAUGUAACUGAGCCAGAUCGUAAAGUUAUCGAGAACACUGGAUCAAUCGUUAUCUUUACUUCAUUUACGGAAGCUGAACGUCUAACCGAAUUGGAACGUGAAGUAGCAGACGUGAUCCGAUGCCGAAAUAGGAUAAUUAAAUCUCUUCAAGAUAGCUCGUUAGUAGUCUCGCCUGAAUUAACUUCCUGUAUUCUUUCUCGUCCAGCAGGAGAUGAGCUCAUAUCGGUCAUUCAUUCUGUGGCCAUAGAGAUAUAUGAUCUUGUUUCAACAACAGUUUCUGGAAUACCCAUGAAGGAAGAAGCUCAACAGGGUCAAUCCGCAGUUGCGAUAAAUUACGAUGUGGAAUUGCUGCACAGUAGAGAGGUGCAUAUAGAAUUGGAGCGGUUGGGACUUGUGAUAGGAAACACUAUGAACAAAGCGCCGGAUAUCACUGGAACAUUGAUGGUGUAUGCUGAUAAUUCCACCUAUCCUACUGCUCGCCUUGUGUGGUCCACACCUAUGCCAAAAGGACGUUGGAAUAUGUUUCCUCGUAAUCGUCACGUCUCUAGGGUGACACCUUCAGCCGUUAACAGCCGACCAUCUGUUUGUCUCUCUUCGUAUCUCCUUCAAGGGCGCAAUGUCAUGCUUGAGAUCACGCGCGUGCCCAGAUGCGAAGGUAUCAUAUCAAAUGUGGGUGCCAAACUGAUUGCUCAUACCCUCAUUGCACAUGGGGGACAUAUUUACAUUCAUGCGAAUGAUGUUGGAACUCAUGGUGUUCUGGAUUGUCAAGCCAUUCGCGAAAAGACGCAACUCAAAAAGACCGCCCAUGGACGCAUCUCCGACUUUGUUUCGCUUAUUAAGGAGAGUUCCCUGCACGUUGUGGAUUCAAGCAAAGCAGAUUCUUCAGAGAAAUCGCCUUCUGACAUCACUUGCUGUCAACCACGUCGACAGCUUCUGCGAAUCACUCGCUAUUGGCCGCUCCGUGCAGAUCGCUGCUAUAUCUACAACAUUCCCAAGCGAUUCGACGCGCUUUUUGCUAUCAUGCGGCAACCACAACUGUCAACAGUUGAUGCAGAUAAGUGUAAACAGGUAGUCCAUCAGCUGGUGGCUCUAAAAGACUCCAGAGAUCGCAUAGGCGAACCAAAUAUCUCAUCUCAACUGUUGAAAGAUGGAAGCUCUAGGGAAGAGCAGUUAAAAAUAAUCUAUUUGGAAAUGGUCAGACAUUUGGCAAAUUAUAUGAACCAUUCUGAAAAACAUUCCGAGGUUAGUGCUCUUCUAACACCAAUAAUUCUUUGCAUUUAUAUUUAUUCUUUCAUAUCUUCUACCUCUUCCUGCAAGCGACCGGUCUGGAGCGUUCCGUGAAA